GUGGCGACGGAAAAAAUAUAUUUCUUUGGCGCUGCAAUUAAAUCUUCCUCUUUUGCCUUUUUCCCUUGCACUUACUUUGGCUUUGUUAUCUUUUUUUGCUCUUUUAUCUUUCAACAAUCACCCCCUUUUAAACACUUCUUUUCUUAUUUCAAACAGCCCAUGCCCGUUUCGUCAACACACGGCUCCCCGCAGGUUCUGCGCAUCGGCACGCGCGACUCCAAGCUGGCUCUCAUCCAAACACACCUGGUCGUCGAACUGAUCCAGGCAGCGCACCCGGGGCUGGUAAUUGAGGUUGAGACAAUGAAGACGAUCGGCGACAAGAUCCAAGACUUCGGCGACAAGGGGCUCUUCACCAAGGAGCUGGAGACAGCUCUCGAGGCCAAGGCAAUCAACAUGAUCGUCCAUUCCCUCAAGGACAUGCCGACGCACCUGCCGCCCAACAUGAAAAUACUGGCGAUCACCGAGCGCGAAGACCCUCGGGACGCCGUCAUCAUGCACAAGUCCAACCAAGGGCAGCUCCUAGAGGACCUUCCGGAGGGCAGCGUCAUCGGCACCGGCAGUGUGCGACGGGUGGCGCAGCUCCGGCGGCUGUACCCGCACCUGCGGUUCGCGGACAUCCGCGGCAACUUGACAACACGCAUGGCCAAGCUGGACGCUGCAGACUCGCCAUUUGCUGCGCUGGUCCUCGCGGUGGCCGGCAUGCGGCGGCAAGGCAUGGGCGCGCGCAUCUCGCAGUCGCUCGACGCCGUGCUGUAUGCCGUCGGCCAGGGCGCGCUGGGCAUCGAGGUGCUUGAGAACGACACAGACACGCAGGCACUGCUGCACGGAUGCCUCGACCACAGGGCUACACGCCUGGCUUGUCUGGCUGAGCGUGAGCUUAUGCGGAGGCUUGAGGGCGGGUGCUCGGUGCCGAUUGGUGUCACUACGGCGUGGUGUGCAGCGGACGAGCUGCGCCUGUGCGCGGUUGUUGAGGUGCGCUUGCAGGCGCAGGCCGCUGUGGCUAGCGACGCUGACGCUGAGCGCUUGGGCGCUCGCUUGGCCCAGGAUAUGUGCGCGGCCGGCGCCAGCCGCAUCCUCGCUGCCAUCCACCACCCGCCACCGCCGUCGGCCGAGGUGGUUGCGCAGGCGGCAGUAAGAAAGUAGAUUCUCAAAUCCACA